AUCUACAGCACUAUUUGCACAACAACCGGAAGCUGAGCUCUGUCUCGUACGCAACAAGUAGUGCUCGAACUCAGUCAACUUCUAUCAGAACUCGCCGAUUCCUACCUCAAUAUGGCAGUCCUGGAUGCCAUGGGUCUUGACGAAGCCGAGACAAGACCUAGGACAGGCAUCGACUCGAUUGCGCUCGAUGCCGAUCUGUACGACUUUGCUGUUGACAUUUCCCGGAAGGCGACACCCGCACAGGGCGCGGGCGGCAGCAGACCCAGAUCGACCGCAAGUGCUCUCACCAAUGCAUUAGAUCAGCAUCAGCUGAGUCCAAGGGCUGCACUGGUAGAUGGAGAUGACCAGCCAAGUGAGGACCAGCCAAAAGCAGACGGCGACCAACCGAAGGCGAAUAGCAAUCAACAGAACGCCAACCAGCAGAACAGCAAUCAACAGAACUCCAACCAGCAGAACAGCAAUCAACAGAACGCCAACCAGCAGAAUAGCAAUCAACAGAACGCCAACCAGCAGAAGAGCAACCAGCAGAACGCCAACCAGCAGAAUGCCAAUCAGGCAAAGGCAAACGGAAACCAGCCACAGGCAGGUGACGACAAGCCAAAGGCCAAUCCAGUCAUGGGCGCGGCGGAUCCCACAGUGACGACUCCAGCUUGGCUCAAUGAUGUUAUGACCCAUGACUGGGGCAAGGACAGCAGCUCGGACAUGCAGUAUGCAUCGGCUAAGUACAGCACGGCGCUUGCGGAAAAUCCGGACCUGGCGAAGGUAAACAUGACAGGAAUGGAGUUCAAUGCAGUUGCAAGAAUUAUGAACUCAACACAAAGAGGAUGCUACGCGGACAGUGCUUUGCCCAUGGCACUAGCCGCCAACGAUACAUGCAACCUCGGCUUCUUCUGUAAGUCCACUCUUUCUCGUAUUCUGCCCACUUUCCGACGAUGAUGCUAACAUUCGCAG